AUGGCGGAAGUUAUCGAAGUGGAAAUUGAACAGGCGAGUGAACAAGAACAAAGAGGAAGAGAAGAUGAGGUUGUUUCAGUUUUGUCACACCUACGACCGCCUGUUGCAAGUGAUUUAUCUCGAAAAAGAAAAUUGCUAACCAACCCUGGAAAAGGAAACCGAAGAUCAAAGUCAAGUUCGCCCAAUUUAACCGCAGCGAAAAGCGAGCCAAAAUCAAUCUCAGCUAAAGACAGAGCCAAAGAAUUUAAAGAUGAGCCAUUCACCGCACAGGCAAACGGGGGACUUUUUUGCACGGCUUGUCGUGAGCUAGUUUCUCUGAAGAAACAGAAUAUACAUGUUCAUAUUUCAAGAAAAAAACACAAGGAGAACAAAGAAAAGUGGUUGCUGAACGACAAGAAAGACGACGACAUUAGAAAGGCCAUUGCAAAGUAUGACGAUAAGAACCAUCCAAAGGGAGAAAUGCUUCCUUCUACUACAAGAUUAUUCAGGGUGAAAUUUGUUAAAGCGUUCUUGAAGAGUGGUACACCUUUGAGCAGGGCAGAAUAUUUCAGAGAUCUAUUUGAGGAGGUGGGAUACCCACUUACUUCAAGUUCGAACAUGAGACAACUUAUUCCUUUCAUCCUCGAACAAGAAUAAGAUGCAUUUGCCAAGAAGUGAAGGGAAAAGAUGUUGCCAUCAUAUUUGAUGGAACUACGCGAGAUGGGGAAGCAUUAGUUGUUCUGGUUCGUUUUGUGGAAUCAUGGACAAUAAAGCAGAGGCUUGUGAGAUUGAGACUUUUAAAAAGUUCUGUAAACGGUGACGAGCUAGCUGGCAUAAUUAUCGAGGUGUUGCACAGAAAAAUCAAUAUUCAAGAGAACAGUCUUUUAGCAGCGAUGAGAGACAGAGCUUCUGUUAACACGAAAGCUCUGCAGACGGUGUCUGUGCUUUAUCCUGAUAUGAUUGAUAUUGGAUGUAUUUCACAUUACCUGAACAAAGUGGGAGAGAAAUGCCACACACCAACACUCAAGCUAUUUAUGGCAACAUGGAAUCUCAUAUUCAGCACCAGUAUUAGAGCUAGAAAUAUUUGGAGAGGCAUAAGUGGACGGUCAAUGCCAAGGUACAAUUCCACAAGAUGGUGGAGUUAUUGGGAGUGUGCAAUGGUAGUGCUUCAAGAAUGGCAGCAUAUCAGAACUUUUCUAACGAGCAAUGAAGAUUUUGCAAAGACCUCAAGACAACGACUACUCCAGAUAUUUGAUGUGAACACAAAUAAGCUUAAAGAUUGAGCUAGCGUCAGUGAUGGAAAUGGAGGAAUUUGUGAAGUCUACAUACACCCUUGAAGGUGCUGGAACAUUGAUUUUGAUUGCCUAUGAGAAGCUUCAAAUGCUGCAGGCAUUUAUCAGAGUCCGCAACUUCCCUACUCUUACCGGUGUGGCAGCUGUUUCCUCUCAAUGUUGCAGAACAGCAAAGAUGGUACAACUAUGGCUUUAGAGAAUGCUUGAUGCCAGCUUUUGAAUACUAUACCAACACAUCAGCAAAUGAUGCCACAGUCUCGCGUUCUAUCCAAGUGUUCCAAGCUGCUCAGCUUUUUAGCCCGAAGUUUGUCAAAGUGUCAGAACCAGAUGCUGAAACAAUAGAUCAAAUCAGAGCUGUCCCCUUUCUUAGCAACAAUGAAGUCAUUCAGUCUCUGAAAGAUGAACUGCCAACCUACAUUGUGAAGGCAUCUCAAAUUCCUGAUGAAUUUGAUACUUUGUCAGAUUCUUGGCCCUGGUGGAAGUCAGUAGCUCGAGAACUACCAGCGUGGUCUUCAACAACAUGAUGCGCUGAAAGAUUACAUUGAAACUUCUUUGAUGCUGCGAGUAAAUGAUCGCUGAGAUUAUUUACAUGUAAGUAAGAAGUAUGGGGGGACUUAUAUAUUUAAGUUGUUAGACUGAUCAUUAUUAUGUUAUUAACAACGUGCCUAGUUGCACGCAAAACUUUGUUUGAAAAGUUGUUGUUUGAAAUACAUAACAGUCACAUAACACUGUCUUCUACGAUGUUGUAAUUCAAUAAACUCUUUAACUGUUUAUUGCUGUGUUCUGGGAUCCGUGUUCUGGCAAAGCACUUAUGGCAAAUUGCAAUAUUUAAUUAAUAAACAGAAAUUGAUGAAAUCGAGUUGCUUAGAUGUUUUUAUUUACUUAUUAUACCUUAAAAUAAACCAGCCCCGCAAUAUACAUCUUUUGCUAUUCAAAUAAUAAUGUAUAUUUUUUUUUCAUUUCUUUAAUUGAUAUAAAGCCAAAAAUGGGCCAAAUUAACAUUAGAAAAAAAUGAUAUUUCUGAGAAAUUUAGAAGAUUUGCUAAGAAAUUUAGACUAAAUUCAAAAGAAAUUUAGGAAUUUUAUGAGAAUUUCUAGAAAGAAAUUUAGAACAUUUUUUGCGAUAUUUGUAUCUAGGCCUAGUCACACACCAGGGAUCAUGCUUGGAGGUGUCACAUGAUCAAGAAUUGCGACAUUAGGGUUCAUUUUCUAGUUGGAGGCUGGGGUCAGGGUUCGUGUUGUAGUCGGAGAAUAGGGUUAGGGUUUGUGUUAUAGUGUGAGUUAGGGAUCGGAGAUCUUUGGAGAUUUAGGUCGGAGGUAUUUACGUGUGAUUGCAUUAUAUGCAAACUAGGGUCGUUGGUAAAACAAAGGUUCAAUUGCAAAGACAUCUAUACAAUACUACGUCAGAAUAGGUUGAUAUUUGACACACACAGGUAAAGCGCACACACGGGAGACAGGUUGCAACGCGCAUGCGCAGUCACCUAGUUACUAUUACAUAUGCGCAAUGGAACAUACUGUAUACACAACAUUUAUUUUAACCUUGUAGGCUAAAAACAGUAUUAAGGAAGUAAGUUUAAUCUCAUGCAAAUCUCUUAGACUAAACAAUCUUAGCUAAGAAAAAAACAACAGUCAGGUGAGACAAUAUAAUGCAAAUUUUCUCAGAAGGAACCAUGACAUUUCUCAGAAAAUGCUAUUGUCUGGUUCACUUUUUGGUGUUAUAAAUUGUUUAGAUAUCACUUUUUUCACCCCAAAACAGAGCGGUAAAAAGCUAAUUAACGUUGUUGGCGCAGUUGUUAUCGUGAAUGCAUUGAAAUAGCGGUGAACUAUUUUCACCUUGGUGCACCGACUCAUGGUUAGUGUGGCUGUCUCUUUUACUACCACUUACUGCAUGCAAAUGAAACACUAUAAAAAGAGACUAAGAGCAUCACAACUCAUCGGAUGUUUAUCAUGGACGCUAUCCUGGAAAAAGUCUUUCAGAAAGUCGAGCAAGAUCUACCCAGCAAUGGUUUGGUGGAUUCUACACCUGUAAAAUCAAAGUGGACCCUCGUUGAAAGCGGAUAGCUGAACAGAAUCAUCUGAUCAACACCCUAUUUCAAGAAAUGCGCGCCUUGCUGGAACAGUUAAGUAAGAGGUCUUUUUAGGAGCUGCCAACGGUUUCUUUACCAACAUAGAACUAAGAUUAGAGUUAAUAACCAAAUUGCCAAGACCGCACAAGGUAAAUUGUACAUGUAAGCAAAAGUCUAAUAAUUGUUAGCCACUCAGGAUAAAAACAGUUUUCACACCAUCAAGAGGGCAAGCAUCAUUUUCACUUUAUCCUAGAGCUUGUAAAGGAAGUAAGGUAUUAUCAUUUCAUGUUAUUAUUAUUUUGGUCUGUCAGAAGAGACACGAGACAGAGUUAAUUCUUUGAAUGGUCAACACGACCAGCAACAGUAUUAAAUUUAUUUUGAGCCCUGACAAAUAGACAAUUCUAUACAAAACAAACCCAUAAAAACGCAAAUCCCACUGAGAUUAGCCAUGCCAUCUAAGACUGUUGCCCUUAGUCAGGAUUCAACAAUGCACACGACGCCUGUAUUGUUCAGUUCAACAACUCAAAAGAGCCAUCAUCAGUGAGUUUAAAUUUGGGACCCAUGAUCGCGUUUGAAUAAACCCGUGGAAGCCUGUGAGUUUUGGUCAAGAUUGACCGAAGGGUAUACUGCAGGAUAGAUGAAGGACCCCAUCCUCUCUACGAACAAUACAUCACUUGCUACUGUGAUUCCCAGCUCAAUAAUUAAAUUCCACACAUAUGGUCUGAUACAGUUUAUAAUACAAUUAUUGAUUCUUGUAAAGCCAAUGGAACCUAGUAAGAAAUCAGUCCAAAAAGGCGGCCCUGAGUUGGCUCCUAGGCAACCAAUACCGCAAAUAGACAAAGCCAACAUGUAGAAUAGGAUCAAUAAUGUACAUUUAGAAUGCAGAGAGGACACAAGACAUGAUAAAUAUUUAACUGGAACAAAUUGGGCCAACAAAGAGCAAACACACAUAACGCUCUAAGACAAUUUUCACUACUGUCCCCUAUUCAACCACAAAUAAAAAAGAAGAGAAAAUGUUUACGCCAGGACUCACUGGUCCACACAAUCGCCAAGUAGUUUUGUGCCACCCAAAACUACAGCAAAACUGCCCAAACUUGAAGUGAAAAAGUUUAAUGGCAGAUUACAAGAGUGGGGGAAAACCACCACCUAUCUCUAUGUCACAGAAGUAUAAAAAGGAAAGAUAUUAUAAGACAUUUUAAAAAUAUCUCUUACGGUAAUUUACAAAUGAAAAAGGCAUUCUAUUCCGCACUUGGUCUGUCAGAGUAUAUCUAGCAGUGAUGUAAAUAGAUUCCAUAAAGCUAUAACUGCUAGUGUAUAAAAUCUACGAAACUGAAAAUUUCAGAUCUAAAAACUAAACGUUUUAAGAAAUUUCUGGGAAGGAAAUCUAAAUUUCAGGUGAACCGUAUAAUGAAAUAAAAGGUGGAUUUCUAUAACAUCUUCUGGUUUCGUAAAAUGUAGCACAUAAAGCUGCUGUGAAACUUUAAUUAUGGUUAGUCAAAUUUUGUAUUAGAUUCUAGAUUAGUUAGGUAGUUUUUCAAUAGUUGAAUGUAAAUGUACCUGAAGGAAAUACCAUGUAUAAAUAAAGUUACCAUACCAUACAAGAUGCAGUGGUGGAUCCAGGGAAGGGGCCCUUGGGGGAGGCAGUGGCCAUUAGAGGACAGGAAUUAAAAGAAUGGACCAACGUAAAUGUUACGUUCAUAAGGGAAUAGGUGGAAACCUAUGGCAUAGGUUGGUAUCCUAAAUAACGUGCAACAUUGAGUAAAUUUACGCAAUACACUACACGAUAGAUAAACAAAUUAAUAAUUCAAUAAUGAUGAUGAUGUUGAUGAUGUUACCUGUUUACCAUUAUUUUUCAUUAACACUAUUUUGUAUAAUUUGCCGUUGUCAAUUUACAAUUAGUUUGUUGUCAGGCGGAAACAAAAUUUUAUAAUGAGUCAUAUCAAUUCCAGGAAAUGAGGGCAGGCGGUGGCCAUAAGAGGGGAGGAACUUUCAUUUACUUAAAUAGAUAUGUAUAUUCUGAGCAAACUCUCAUCAGAAUACCCAAAUGACAGCAUUGGCUUGUAUAGGAAUGAUGGACUUCCGUUUUUAAGAACACGAAUGCAAGAUCAGGUGAUAAAGCCCGGGACGCUUUCUGUAAGAUUCUUAGAGACCUUGGCCUAAAAAUCACUGUGCAAAGCAACACGAAAAUCGUCAACUACCUAGAUGUCACACUCAACCUCACAACCGUAAAAUACUAUCCUUUCAGAAAGCCAGACAACAAUCCAUUGUACAUUAACUCGAAGUCCAACCAUCCACCCUCUAUCAUUAGGCAAAUUCCAGCUUCCAUUAGCACGAGAAUAUCAUCACUCUCUUGUGACCCACAGACUUUGCUAAAUCACCACAGUUAUACAAUGAUGCCCUUAGAUCCAGUGCUUACGAUGAAACAAUCCAGUAAGAGGAAAACCGGCAAACUUGAGCAAAAAAGAAGAAUCGAACCAGAUCACGUAACACUUUUCUGGUUUAAUCCACGUUUUAGUCAGAAUGUGCAAACAAAUGUUGCAAAGUCCUUCCAUCCCUUGAUUGAUAAAAAUGUCCCCAAAUCACACAAACUGCACAAGAUCUUCAACAAAAACAACCAUAAAGUAAGCUACAGCUGCACCACUAAGGGAACGCGUCCAAAUAUUGGCAUCAGGUCACACCAAUGCACAUCAAUCGGGUACCGACUUUUUGCGAUUCCGUUGAAUCUUGGACCUGAUAUUAUUGGUACCGAAUGAAACGGAAUUGGCAAAGGGUCUUAAUUAACAUAGGCCAUCAAAAAUAUCUGGCAGCUCAAAUAACCGGUCACGUCACCGUUACGAACAAUAUGUUUGAUUUAAAUAUAACCCUCAAGAGUUAGUUGAUCAUGAUUGAGCAAUCGAACAAGUGAUUUAUUUCAUUAUUAGUGUUUCAUUCUCAAGUAGCUCAGACAAGUUACACAUGGACAGUAAUUGUUUUCGUACAGUGUUUACAGUCAGUAAUUUCCUUACGGACAGUUCAAACCUUUUCGACCAAGCGAGGUUUUACCCUUCAGGUACGAUUGUUUUAUUCCUCAAUCUGUUUGUCUUUGAACUUGUUCUAGCCAUUUUAUUAUAAUGUAAUUAGAAAUCGGCUUCACUAUACGUCCCAAAAAUGAUCGGAAUGUAAUCUUAGAAUCAUUCAUUUGUACCUUGAUUUUCAGAAUUGCUACUUUAUUAAGGCUAUUAAAGGACUUCUCAUCUCGGUUGCUGUCUCCUGGGGUCUAUACCAAAAUUUCUGAAGGAUUUGAGCAUUGAUUUAGUCGGCCAGUUGGUAUGGUACCCUUGUAGAUAAUCCUCUGUUUAUGAAAGAUGGCAGCCAAAGGUGAAGGAACCAGCGAAGAAACUAUAAACCUGGAGAAUACCCUUAAGAAGAAAAGAAGACAAAGAUCUUAA